AUGACGAUCGGUCAAACUACCUGGCAAAGAAAAACAGUAGAAAAACCACCGCCUGUACCACCACGUCGAAAAAAACAUCUUGUAAAUAGUAAAAUAAAUUUAUCACAAAAUUUAACAACACCAACAACAAAUAAUUCAGUGAAUUAUAAAAAUCGUAAAGUUCGUUUAUCAACGCCCAGUGUCAAUAAAAUAUCAAAUGAAAGUUUAAACAGCAUAAAUGUAAGUCACGUCAAUAUUCUUGAAUCAUUUAAAUCCAAUAAUAACACGUCACUGAAUCACGAUCAGGCACGUAGAAAAUCUGACUCAAUUUUAUCAACCGAAAACAUUCAAUUGAUAUCAUCUUUGCCAGAAAAUUUGACAAAUAUUUCCAUUCAAAUAAAUCAAAAAAAUAUUAAAGAUAAAACGGAAAAAGUUGAAUGUCAUAUUGAUGAAAAUUUUCAGCCAAUUAAUAAUAGCUCAUCAUUAUUAUUUACAUUAAAAGAUUUUCAAGAUGUUAUUAGUGAUUCAAAAUUUUCAAAUAAAUCAACAAAAAAUAUACCAAGACAAUUUUCACUUGAUGAUGAUGAAGAUUUUUCAUUAUUUCAAAUAACAACAUCAAAUUCACCAUUUGAAAAAUACAUUGGUAAUUGGAGUGUUAUCCUGGAAGAUAAACAAUUAUCAAAUACAUUUAAUAAAUCAAAUGAAUUUAUAUUUGAUGAUUAUAUUGAUCGUAGUAAAAGAUUAAUAUAUGAAAAAGAAAAUUUAUUUAUUAAUCAAAAUAAUAAUGAUGAAUUUGUUGAUUUAUGUGGAAAUAAAAUUCCAAAAGUAAGAUUUAUUAUUCAAGCACCGAGUGAUUCAAUAUCUGAUGAUGAAUGUGAAUUAUCAAGUGUCAUUAAUGAUGAUGAUUUGGUGAUUGAAGAUAGUAAUCAAGACUCUUGGGAAACACAAAGUUUAUCACCUUUAAAAAUAACUGAAAUAGAUGAUUCAGAGUCUACUGAAAAUGAGGUAGUAAUUUGUAAAAUCAAUACUCCAUCAAUUGAGCUUGAAUCAAUUUCAUCUAUUAAAGAUGAAAUUGAUUCAAUAAUUACAUUACCACAAAUUGAAAUUAAUAAUUUACAAGAAAAAUCAGAAUAUUUAGAAAAUAAAGAUAAUAAAAUUGUAAAUUCUAAUGACAUAGCACUUGAUAAUAAUCGUGAAAUUUUUUUUAAAAAUAUGCUGAUUGAUGAAAAACAAGAAGACAAAAAAAAUAACUCAACAUGUUCAAUAAUUGCCACUCAUUUAAAGUCAAAAGCUCCAUUAGAUAUUUCAAGUAUUGAAAAAUAUCAAAAAAUAAAAUCAUCAAGUAUACUCAAUAACAAUGAUGUCUUGUCAUCGUCAACCUCAGUAAAAAAUAAUAUUUCAUUGACCUCAUAUUCAUCUGGCAAUAUUCCAAAAAUUCCACCAAAAGUACCACCAAAACCUUUUAAAAAAUCACAAAAUAUUCAACAAACAAAUGAUUAUGCUAAAAGUCAAGUUUUAAAUGAACUACUUUGUACUUUUAAUUCAAUAAAAUUAAAAACAAUUGAUGAUAAUAAUAAUAGUACUAAUAAUAAUAAUAAUAAUAGUACUAAUACUAAUACUAAUAACAAUAAUAAUAAUAGUAUUAAUAGUUUUGAUGAUGUGAUAAACAUUGAAAAUAAUGAAUUAAAAAAUAUAAAUUUAAGUGUAGGUAAAAAGACUGAGGACAAAAAAUAUAUUAAAAAUAGUGGAAUUAACAGUGUUGUUAAUAAUUUAAAAAAUGGCAUUCAUGAUGAUAUUGAAAAUAAUAAUAAUAAUAAUAAUAAUAAUGAUGAUAAUGAUGAUGAUGAUAAUAAUAUUGAUAAAAAUGAAAUUUUAAUAUUUCCAAUUGUUAAAAAUAAGUGUGCCAUAGAUAAAAAUAAUUUAUCAAGUUUAUGUAUUAAUAAUGACAAUAAUAAUACUAAUAUUAAUGAUGAUAAUAAUAAUAAUAAUAAAAAUGUAAACAUGGUAAACAUGACAGAUGUAAAUUUAAGUGAUGACCAAUCGUAUUGCGAUAAAAUAUCGGUUGCCAUAAUUCCAGGUAGAGUUAGAAGUUUCAUUGAAAAUUAUGAAAUUAAUGUCAAGAAGACCAUUGAAAAUUCUAAAAUUAAUAAUAAAUGUCAAAUUGUAGAUAAAAAAAAAUUUAAUAUAAAAAUAGGAGACGAAAAAAAAGAGGAUAAAUAUCAUAAUAUUAAAAAAAGUUCACUGAUUUUGACGGAAAAUCAAUCAAGUAAAAAUGAAGAAAUAUUAAAGUUAUCAAAAAAUAUUGUUACCACGAGAUUUAAUAAUUCUAUUGAAAAUCAAGACAAGUGUGUUAUUGACAACAAAGUAAAUGUCACGAUAGAUAAUAUCAGUAAUAAUUGUGAUGAUGUUACAAGACCAUUGAGAAUUAAAAAAAAAGCUCCAAAUAUUCCGGAAAUUAAUGAGGAAAAUAAUGAAAAAAAGAUAUUAAUCAAUUCGAAAAUUAUUAUGUCAUCAAGUAUAAAAUUAAUUGAUGAUAAACAACAAUUAUUCAAGACGAAUGAAGACGUAAAAUCUAUAUCACAAAAUGAAAUGGCUGGAAUGGACGACAUUAAAAAAAUAUCAGGUACAUCAUCAUUGGCUAAUCAACCUGAGCCCUACUUUUUGAAAACCCCUUAUGUAUUUUAUCUCAAAAUGUAG